AUGUUUCAAUUCUUGAAAUUUGAUUGGAAACGCCACGGGUGGGCAAUCUUCUACUGUGGUGUAUCAGCAAUUGGUGCUCUUUGCUACGGCUACGAUAAUACUUACUUCAAUGGCGUCCUGGCAAUGCAACAAUUCAAAGAUGACUACGGAACGCAACGCAAUACAAGUGGCGACCUUGAAUUGUCCUCCUCUUUUCAGGCCGUGACCGCCUCGGCUAUCUAUAUCGGGGAUUUGCUAGGUGCAAUCAUUGCUGCACCUGUCAAUGAUCGAUGGGGCCGGAAAGCCACAUUUUGGCUGGCUUCUUUCUGUAUCUUGAUCGGCGGUAUCUGCCAAGUCGCGGAUACGAUUUAUGUGGAAGCGAUCGUCACCGUUGGGCGCAUUCUUAUGGGUCUCGGAGUCGGUCAAUUCACUGUCACAUCCUUGCUAUACAUUGGCGAAGUUGCACCCUCAGAAAUCCGUGGCCCAGCUCUGAUGAUGUUCCAAUUCCUUCAGUCUUGGUCACAAUUGGUUGCCUCGUGCAUCAACCAAGGCACCGAAAACCUCGAUAAUAAUUCCCUGUCAUACAAAAUCCCCAUGGGUGGCCUUAUUGUGCUGCCAUUAAUUAUGUUCGCUCUCUUACCACUCAUCCCGGAGAGUCCCACCUGGUAUAUGUUCAAGAAUCGCCGGGAAGAUGCCGAACAGAGCUUUCGAAAGAUCAACCGGAGUCAAGCUGACUAUGACCCAACUGCUGAUCUGGCCCAAGCUGAUAACACCAAGCGUAUUGAAGAGCAACACUCCGAGUUUUCUUCGUGGAAAUCGUUGGUCACAGAUCCGGUUGAGAGAAGAAAAGUCUUGUUUUCAGCAGGUGCGAUGUUCAGCCAACAAGUUUGCGGUAUCCUAUUUUUCUACGUCUAUGGUGUGGUGUUUGUGCAGGAAAUCGGAGUCCAAGACCCAUUCCUUGUGCAGAUCGUCAUUAACGUGGUCCAAAUCGUUGCUGUUGGUGCUUCCGUUAUUACUGGUAACAAGGCUCGCCGGCGUGUCAAUCUUAUGGUUACCAACUGCAUGAUGCUAGUGGCUUUCCUUGUGAUUGGAGGUAUCGGCACAAAACCCUUGACAACUGCAACACAAUACGUGAUUGUUGUCUUCUCAUUUGUUGUUGUCAUUGGAUUUAACUUCGGCAUGGGUCCCUUGGCCUAUACUGUCGCACGAGAGAUGGCAGUUGGCGUCAAUCAAAAUAAGAUCAUGUCAACGAGCAUUGUUGUCUUUUAUUUUACCACAUGGUUGAUCUCUUUCACCGCGCCUUACCUCUACUAUGAUGCUGGGCUUGGGCCAAUGGUUGGGUUUGUUUAUGCAGGCACCACCUGUCUCGCUCUGCUUUGGACUUGGUACUGCGUUGGAGAAACGGCGGGUCGGACCAGCUUGCAAAUAUCUCUCUUCUUUGCUGAGAAAAUCCUAGUGAGAAAAUGGAGAACACAUGUUUUCCCAGAAAAUCCUGUUGAUGACUUCAAACUAGCUCAUAACAAGGAGUCAGAAGUACGCGGAUUUACUGAGCAUGACGAGUUUGUGAUUUGA